AUGCCACCAUUGAUGAUGGCGACGACUACAACAACAACAACAGUGAACACAUCAUCGAAUUUGAUGGCAAAAAUGAGCGCUUUUGAUGACGAUCAAACCGACAAUAAAAAAAUGUGUGAUCAUAAUAAAGAUACAAAUUCUAUUGGUCAACAACAACGACAAACAUUUGCUCAAAUCUUUCAACAAAAUUGUGAAUCAAAAAUAAUUGCUGAAAAUGUUGAAAAUGCAAAUAAUGAUAAUCAUUCAAAAUCAGCGAAAAUUGAUGAUUAUACUGAUGAUCCAUCACAACAGCUAUCAAUAAAAGAUGAAAAUGAUGACACUGAUAUUUACCAAAAUUAUCCGGAUCUUUCUUUAACACCAAACAGUGAUGAUCAACAACAACAACAACAGCAGCAGCAGCAGCGAGAUCAGCAACAAGUUACUGAUCCUAAUAGUAGUAAUAAUAGCUGUGACGAUCAAAGUCAGGUAAGUUAAUGAUUAUUACCAACUUUUUAUUUUAAUUUUUACUUUGAAUUUCAUCUUCCUUUUAAAAGGAAUCAAAUGAUAGUGGUAAAGGAAGCUGUUUGC